AUGGCUCCUCCACCGCUUGCCCACAUAGUCCAUCCGCCAGACGCAGCUCCGUUCCCUUCGUCAGCGCCAGCUCCUUCGCGCCCACGACUCCUCACGCCAACCACGAACCCGAUCCCCCUCCUCAAUACGCCCUCCGCGCAGCUCUACUCGCUCAUUCACACCGCCUUACUACCAUCCCUAUACUUUCUGCGAUCCUCCGCACUAGUCGCGGACCCGCUACGAACGCUCACAUACGACAUAAUCCCCGUUGCAACCGCGCAAGCCAUCUUCUGCGUCCUCUGCGUACCGAGCUAUGGCAGUUGGGUAAGCGAGUCACCAUCAGCUACCAGCAGCAGCAACAGCAGCACAGCAAGCAGCACACCCAACAAGAACACCUCGGACAAGACCAACAGCGCAUCCCUGAUCACAAGCGGCAAAUCCUCCAUCGGCCGCCGAAAAGGCCUCCGCACCUCCACCAACUCAACCCACCCGACAGACCCAACCCUCCAAACCUACCUUCACCGCCUCCUCCCGGCCACGCUCUCCCUCGUUUUGACCCUCCUCCUCCCACCCGUCCCUCUCCAAAUAAUCCUGCACUGCCUCGGCGCCCCGCUCCUCCCUUUGUCUCUGCUUCCACACACUCUCGCCCUUGCAACCCACUUGUCCCUCCUGAUCUUCUACCCCCUAUUCUACGCACACGGCGUCUCCGGCCCAGCCUGGCGAGACGUCGUGAGCGCGUGGCUCCCCUUCGAUGGCGCAGGGGUGUGGGGUAGCAGUGUUGGGACGAUCAUAGGGGCGUGGUUUGGGGCGGUGCCGAUUGCGCUGGAUUGGGAUCGGGCGUGGCAGGAAUGGCCGAUCACAGUUGUGUGGGGGGCUGUGAUGGGAUGGUUGGUUGGGAGGGUGUUGACGGGAAAGGGGAUGGGUGGGUUGGGGACGGGGAGGAGGAUUGAUUUGAGUGAGACGGAGUAUAGGGUUGUGGAGGUGAGAGAGCGGGAUGGGAAGAGCGCGGGCAAGACUGCCGGAGCCACACCGAGUGGUGGAGGUGAUGAUGUGGUACAGCAGAAGCCGAAGGAGAAGGAGAGGAAGAAGGAUAGAUAG